GAAGAAACUUUAGGGUUUCCACCAUUGCCAAGGCCUCAGCUUGCACAGCAGAGUUUACUCUUACCGAUCUAGCAAAUCCAUCCAUCAAAUCUCCCUAAAUGUUUCGGCAAACACAGCUUAUCGCUCCAAUCGUCAUUUCAGGCAAGAAAGUUCCUUCUAUAUUGAUUAUGAGAGUGUCUUCGUUUGGGCCAAACUAGAUCUAAGGUGAGGCUUCCUUUACACCUUUCCCCUUCUUCUUCUCAUUUUCCCAACUGUUGAAGCACUGAUUUUCUGCCAUGGCUGAGCUUAUAAGGUGCUUCGGAUUCGGCUUUAGUUUGCGGAAAACAGAGUUGUUUCUUUCUUUCCAAAUACGCCAAAGGAUAGAUGCAAGGAGGUCGAAACUUGCAGAGGGUCCAUCCAAAUUUGAUAAGUCCAAGGGCAAAGUAAGAAGAACUGCUCUACCGUUUCUAGUUUCUGUUUACAUAAAUCGCAGGACUCCUGGUUCAAUGUCGAUGAGCAACUCAUCCUCCAACGGCUACGACGGCGUGAACUUGAAAAUGGUGAUGCACAUGAGCUUCUAUUGGGGCAAGGACGCCAUCAUCCUCUUCUCCGGUUGGCCAGAGCAGUGGCUCGGCAUGUACGUGCUGGCUCUCUUCUUCGUCUUCGUCCUGGCCUUGGCAGUGGAGGUUUUGUCCGUCUCUCCCAAAAUUAGGACCAGCACGAACCCGAUCGCAGGUGCCACGAUGCAGGCCGCAAUAUAUGGGUUGAAGAUGACCUUGGCCUAUAUGGUGAUGCUCUCCGUCAUGUCCUUCAACGUCGGGGUCUUUAUCGUGGCUGUGAUCGGCCAUGCUUUUGGCUUCUUUCUAGUCAAGAGUCGGGCUCUGGCGGCAGCGAACAAAGCGGCUGCAGCUAGUUCUGCGGCUGCCAGCGUUGCUACUAAAGUUUAAGUCUGGUUGCUUGUCACUUGUUAGUAGUUUCUCCCCCUAUAUAAUCUAUCGAAUUUCUUUGUAAUAAUGUGCAU